GAGAGCAGCAAGACUCUGAACGGGAUUUGCUUUGGGGUUUUGUGCACCAGAUCCUUUCUGCAGGGGAACUUCGCACCAGAGCCUGACCUGAUCAUCAGAAACUUCCUGCUCCCUUCAGAUCGUGGCUGGCGAACGUCACAGCGUGUGGUGGCUUUCCAAAGGCGCUGGGCAUUUAUUGAUGAUCACAAAUGUUAGCUGUGGGGCAGAUGGAAACUAACAGACAGAGUGCGUUUGUGCUGAGCAGUACCCCCCUGGCUGCGUUGCAUAACAUGGCCGAGAUGAAGACCACUUUGUUCCCUUACGCUUUGCAGAACCCGUCCACGUUCAAAGCCCCGAGCCUGUCCUCUCUGAACGCACAGUUCCCCCUGGGAACUCCCCAUGGGAUUAGUGAUAUCCUGAGCAGGCCUCUGGGUGCUUCUCUUGGGUCAUCAGGGAACCUCCUGACCAGCCUUCCUCGCAUUAAUGGACUAGCCACCUCCACAGGGAUGUACUUUAACCCAGCAGCUGUGUCCAGGUACCCCAAGCCCUUGGCAGAGCUGCCAGGCAGAGCCCCCAUCUUCUGGCCAGGAGUAAUGCAGAGUUCUCCCUGGAGGGACCCCCGCCUGUCCUGCCCCUCUCAAGGUGGAAUGGUUCUUGAUAAAGAUGGGAAGAAGAAACACUCCAGGCCAACCUUCUCAGGACAACAGAUUUUUGCACUGGAAAAAACAUUUGAACAAACGAAAUAUCUGGCCGGGCCAGAAAGGGCCCGUCUGGCUUAUUCUUUGGGCAUGACUGAGAGCCAAGUCAAGGUUUGGUUCCAAAACCGAAGAACAAAGUGGAGGAAAAGACAUGCAGCCGAGAUGGCCACAGCCAAGAAGAAACACGACUCAGAAACCGAGAAGAUGAAGGAGAGCUCGGAUAAUGAGGAUGAUGAUGAAUAUAACAAACCCCUGGACCCUAAUUCAGACGAUGAGAAAAUCUCUAGAUUGUUGAAAAAGCACAAAUCCACAAACUUGAACCUACUCAGCCCCUGCAGCAAUAACUCGGACACCUUGUGAUAGAUCCACAGGGCAAAGACUAUACUCCCCCAAAACAAGGAACUGAUCCACCCCCCCCCCCAUUUAAAGCGCUUUAAAAGCUGAAUUAACCAGGGUAUUGAUAUUAUUAUAAAGAAGAAAUUGUAAGUGGAUGUUUAAAAGUGGUAUGUGUUGUACAGCCUAAAAUGUAUGUUGAGAUGUAUAUAUUUUUUAAAGAAUAAGUUAUAAAAGAAACUUUUUUUUCCCUUUUCUUCUAAAUAUCUUAUCGUUUCUUUCCCCCAUAUAAUGUGGGAUCGAUGGACCUUUCAUGAUUCUACUAUCAAAUGAAGCGAAAUUGGGUUAGAUGGACCUUUCUCUUUUCGACUACUCAAAGUUGCCAUUAAAUUAACCUUUUCACUGCCAGCCCACUAAGCGUUGCUCCUCUGCUCUGGCACUAAAAGUGU